CGGCUCGACGACCACGAAUCGACCCGAAACCAUGGACACAAUGGAAGCCACUUAUCCCAUGCCGUCGGCAUUGCCGCACACGCACACGCACCGGGUUCACACGCAGUCCCAGCCGGCCUCGCUCAGCGCCUGGCGGAUGACGGUAUCGAGCGAGACGCUGCCCUCGCAGCUGGAGGACGACGAGGACCGAGGCCGGCAUCAUGACGACCAUGACGGCCACGAACACGAUCACGACCACGAGCACGGACACAACUACGACCACGGACACUCACACUCCAAUUCCCACUCCCACGCCCGCUCCCAACCGCGCUCGCAGACCUACUCCAUACCGCCGCCACUGCCUUCGCCCUCUCACUUGCACGCGCACUCUCACAACCACGAUCACGACCACAGUCAUGAUCACGCUCACAGCCACCCCCACACGCACUCCCACGCCCACUCACACUCACACUCCCAUUCGCAUUCUCCUCAUGGCCACGACCACGACCACGACCACGACCACGGCCACGGCCACGGCCAUAGCCAUAGCCACGAAGCCAGCCACAGCCAUAGCUCUGAGCGGUCUCUGUUCACAAGGACAAUCCUCCCCUACACGACUGGGUGGCCCAUACUCUAUUCCAUCCUAGCCGAGAAAGACUCGAGGCGGAUCUUCUACUUCAUGUCUCUCAACUUUGGUUUCAUGAUCAUCCAGGCGUUUUACGGCUACGUCACCGACUCCUUGGGCCUUCUCAGUGACAGCAUUCACAUGUUUUUUGACUGCGUCGCCCUGCUCGUGGGAUUGCUAGCGGCUGUCAUGAGCAAGUGGCCCAAGAGCCAGCGAUUUCCGUACGGCUUCGGAAAGGUCGAAACUCUGAGUGGCUUUGCCAAUGGCAUUCUCCUGAUGCUCCUCAGCGUUGAAAUUGCGUUUGAGGCAUUCGAACGCUUGUGGGAAGGGACACAGACGAAGCGGCUUGGCGAGCUCUUCGUCGUGAGCACCCUUGGCUUACUUGUAAAUCUGGUUGGCAUGAUGGCGUUCGGACACCACCACCACGGCCAUGAUCACGGCCACAGCCAUGGCCAUUCUCACGGUGAAAAGCAUGACCAUGGCUGUGGUUCCCAUGCAGGCCACGACCACAACCACCACCACGGGCAUGGACACGACCACGACAACGAGAAUAUGCGAGGCAUCUACCUGCAUGUUUUGGCAGACACUUUGGGCAGCGUGUCCGUCAUUGUGUCCACCGUGCUGACAAGCUUCUGGGGAUGGGCCGGGUGGGACCCGCUGGCUUCCUGCUUCAUUGCGGCCCUCAUCUUUUUGUCGGCGCAGCCGCUCGUGUUCUCAUCAGCAAGGCGGCUUCUCUUGACUGUUCCCGAGGGCGUCGAAUACAACCUUCGGAACGUCCUUGCGGGCAUUGGACAGCAGCGAGGCGUCGUGAGCUACUCAACGCCCAAGUUCUGGAUGGACGACUACGGAGGCGACCGGUUACUGGGAAUUGUUCACGUCACGGUGGCCCGCGGCGCUGCUCUGGAGGACACCAAGGACCGCGUUCGAGAGUAUUUGCUGAAGGAGGGCGUCGAUGCCGUUAUCCAGGUAGAAAGAGACGGCGAUAAUGGGUGCUGGUGUUCUCGAGGACGGGCCAUAAAUCCUCCGCAGACGUCGAAGCAAUUCUAG